UCCUUCGUCCUCGCCCUGCGGGAGGAUGCGACCCGCCUGUCGACUAGAACAGAAGAAUUUCUAGGUCUCGUGCGCGACGUGCCUUACUCGCUUCUGCUUCCUUCAUGUACUUUUAUUUCAACUUCGUUCCGGUGAUAUACAUCCGAGAGGAAUAUACGAAUAUAUAAAGUAUGAAAUCUUGGAAACGUCGCGCACAAGAGAAUUGUGAAAAGGUCUUCUAACAGAAAAACAUCGAAACUUCCGUUGCUGUGAUCAAAGUCCAGCUGUUGAUUUUAUCUGUGUACAAGAUGUGACUUCCUGUAGUUAUGCGGAUUGUUUGAUAGCACGUGAACAAAUCAAGGAGGAACAAAAGUUACAAUCAGCAUUUGAUACCGCUAGUAAAUCAAAACACCGUGGAUGCAGCCAGGAGUCGGCAGUGGCGGGGCCCAUGCGGGCGGGACCGGUGACGAUGAAGCUCCAAAGGAUCCGGGUGCGCGGAUCACCCAUCAAUCUUAUACAGAAAAAGAUUAUGAAGGUCACAGAGCGCACACGAUGUACGUGGGCGUGCAUCUGCCAGGAGAGAGAAGACACCGCCGCCACCAUAAGCACCAUCAUUCACAACGGCAGUCGUAUCCCUGCGGUAAGGAUGAUGCCGACGACAGACCGAGACAAUUAUUGAUGGCGCGCAGGGGUCGUCUCGCUAGUAUCUGCGACCCCGCCGGCGAGAUGAUAUUCACUCCACCGGCCCAGAGAGUGCAGUUUAUCCUUGGCGAGGAAGUCGGCGACGAUGCACAUGAAUCGCAUCCGCUUUUCUCGGAAAUGGAAGAGCUCAUCAAAGAUGGUGAUGAAAUGGAAUGGAAGGAGACGGCAAGAUGGAUCAAAUUCGAGGAAGAUGUCGAGGAAGGUGGUAAUAGAUGGAGCAAACCUCAUGUUGCUACGUUAUCACUGCACUCGCUCUUCGAGUUGAGAAGUCUUCUUUUAAACGGAACCGUCAUGCUUGAUAUGGAAGCAACCAGUUUGGAACAGAUAGCCGAUCUCGUCCUCGAUAAUAUGAUCAAUAAAGGCGUAUUGUCAGUUGAGUUACGAGAGAAGGUGCGAGAUGCUCUCCUCGUCAGACAUCGGCACCAGCACGAAAGACGUAAAGACAAUAACAUGUCAAAGUUACCAAUCAUAAGAUCGCUAGCUGAAAUAGGACGCAAUCAUUCUUCCUCAAAAAAUUGCGACUGUUCAUGUGGUAUGCAUGCCUUGUUGACGUCAGAUUUGCAGGAGCGUCGCGAGCCGAAGGACGCCUACGUACUUUCUUCCGUCGCUCGCAGCAGCAGCUGCCCGAAUUCGAACACGGCUCCGCUGUCAAAAGAGGCGAAAGACCUCAAAGGGCCGUACCUUCUGGUUCCAGUGGAGGAAUCCAAUUCCACUCCGGCAAUCGCCGGCGCAACAAGUCAAGGCAGUGGAGCAGCACUGAAUGUUGGCAGCCGCUUCCUUGCGAUACCCGGCAAUCCCGGUCAAGAACCAAGCACCGGUAUAGAUCGGAGUCCCAGCAGCGUGUCUAUCAGCAGAAACCACAGCUCAUCCGCCUUAGAGAACGGAGAUAUCAAUCACAAGGGUAAUACACACUUUAUGAGGAAGAUACCACCUGGCGCCGAAGCAAGCAACAUACUCGUGGGUGAGGUCGAUUUUCUUGACAAGACCGUGUCCGCGUUUAUUCGAUUGAGUCAAGCCGGGAUAAUGGGCGACCUGACAGAAGUUCCCGUUCCGACGAGAUUCGUCUUUGUUCUACUUGGACCUAUGGGUGGUAUUUCGGGUUUCCACGAGAUUGGUCGAGCUAUGGCAACGUUAAUGUCCGACGAGGUUUUCCACGAUGUGGCUUACAAGGCAAAAAAUAGAAAUCAUCUUUUAGCCGGCAUCGACGAGUUCUUAGACGCCGUAACGGUAUUACCACCCGGCGAAUGGGAUCCGGCGAUCAGAAUAGAACCACCGGCCGCUAUACCGUCCCAGGAAGUUAGGAAGAGACCAAAAGAGGAAAAGCCUAAGGAGGAGUUCGACGAGGAAGCUGACGAACAAAAGCUACGAGAGGAAUCUGGCCUUUCGAGAACCGGAAGACUGUUCGGCGGACUGAUCAACGAUAUUAAGAGAAAAGCUCCGUUUUAUUUUUCCGAUUUUAAAGAUGCCCUGGCUCUUCAAUGCGUGGCAUCUUUUAUUUUCUUGUACUUCGCCUGCUUGUCACCUAUCAUCACCUUCGGUGGCCUCCUUAGCGAGGCAACUGGAAAGAACAUGGCCGCCAUGGAAUCGCUCGUUUCUGGUUUUGUCUGCGGUAUAGGAUACGGGUUUUUUUCCGGCCAGCCGUUGACCAUACUUGGUUCUACCGGUCCUGUUUUGGUUUUUGAGACAAUUGUCUACGAAUUUUGCAAAAAAAUCGAUUGGAAUUACAUGUCUUUUCGUUUCUGGAUCGGCACAUGGACCACUUUUAUUCUGAUAAUUCUUGUGGCUCUCGACGCGAGUGCUUGCGUCUGUUACAUUACUCGAUUUACAGAAGAGAACUUUGCCACUCUUAUUGCUUUUAUCUUUAUCUACAAGGCAAUCGAAAAUGUAUUGUCCAUUGGCAAGAAAUAUCCUUUAAACAUGUAUUCAAGCGAAACAUUGAGCUACGAUUGCUGGUGUAAGCCACCGAAUAUCAGUCUGCCAUCCAGUUACGACAACCUGAACUGGACGUCGUUGGAUAAAACAAAUUGUGAGAACUACAAUGGCACGAUGGUAGGCGACAACUGCAACGAUCCAAAUUAUGUGCCCGAUGUGUUCCUCAUGUCAAUUAUUCUAUUUAUGGGCACGUUCUUAUUGUCGAUAGAACUAAAAGAUUUUAAGAACGCUUUAUUCUUUCCGUCAAAGGUGAGACAAGUAGUGAGCGACUUUGCGGUAAUAAUCGCGAUAUUCUCUAUGAGCAUGUUAGACCACUUUGCGGGCAUUUUAACGCCAAAAUUAGAGGUGCCGACGGAAUUCAAACCAACGUUAGAAGGACGAGGAUGGAUAAUCUGGCCUUUCCAGCGGAAUCCGUGGUGGAGUGCCAUUGUGGCAUGUCUCCCGGCAUUAUUGGGUACUAUAUUGAUUUUCAUGGAUCAGCAAAUCACGGCUGUCAUUGUUAAUAGAAAAGAGAACAAGUUAAAGAAAGGAUGUGGGUAUCAUCUGGAUCUUUUCGUGCUGGCAAUUUUGAUUGAAAUAUGCUCAGUGAUGGGACUUCCGUGGUUCGUUGCGGCAACGGUUCUCUCUAUAAAUCACGUGAAUUCGUUGAAGUUGGAGUCCGAAUGCGCGGCGCCAGGAGAGAAGCCACAAUUUUUGGGCGUCCGCGAGCAGAGAGUUACUCAUAUAUUAAUCUUCUUGAUGAUCGGAUGCUCGGUGCUCUUAACACCGAUGCUGAGAAACAUACCAAUGCCAGUAUUGUUCGGUGUCUUCUUGUACAUGGGCGUAGCGUCGUUGAAAGGUCUCCAGUUCUUCGAUAGAAUUCUGAUCAUGCUGAUGCCUGUUAAGUAUCAGCCGGACUAUAUGUUUCUUCGUCAGGUGCCACUAAAGCGCGUACACAUGUUUACCGCGAUCCAGCUUACUUGCCUCAUCUGCCUGUGGCUCAUAAAAUCUUUUAGCUCUACCUCUAUUUUGUUUCCUUUAAUGCUUGUGGUAAUGAUUGGCAUACGUAAAUCCCUCGAUCUGAUAUUCACGCAACGCGAGCUGAAGAUCCUCGACGAUAUAAUGCCAGAACCGAGCAAGAAACACGCCGAUGAUCUACGUAAAUUGGAGAACGGCGAGGAUCACACUGAAACGAUGGGAUAUGGACCUCCGGGAAAUAUUCAGAUCUCUUUAGCUAAUGGAAACAUUAUGAAGAUCCCUUUGGCGAGUAUCAACAUCAGUGAGGAAGUGAACAAAACUGGUAUCUGGCAACAGGUCAACGAAGGCAACGAAAAGUCGACACAAUCGAAGUCAUUGAUCAGUGUAGGAAAACAAAAGAAGCAUCCGAAGAAGGAUAACUCGUUACUGGCCGACGAGACAACGAGACUGACAACAAUGACCGAGGAAGACGAGGACGACAGUGGAAUCUCGAUUAAGAUAGAUUUAAUACGAUCCAAGGAAAGCAUCAGUCCCUUAAAAGCAAAUGGUACCUCAGCCGAAACUUCCGUUUAACAAGAAGAUAGUAGAAAUAAACAUGUCGAUGUAAUUAUAAGUUUCUUUAAGUGAUCAUUUCAAAAUCAUUAUUUAUACUGUCUUUUUUAUAAUUUUUUUAAAUUUUUAUUUUGUCAUACAUUAUUUAAUUUCAUUGACAUUUCCAUCUUUGUUAUCAACGUAAUGUUUAUUUUUUAUCUAUUUUAUUAUUUCUUAUCUAUUGUGUCU